CUCGUCCAUCCACAAAACUAUUAUGAAGAUGCCAAGAAACAAGGAUCUCAGUUUUCCAUAUUAGGAAGAUGCUUGUUUCUUGAUCAAAAGAUGGUAAUAUUUAAAUAGUAUUUAAAUUUGAGCUUCAAGUAAGUUUUCGUGUUCAGUCUCGUAGUGUUGAGGUGAGGUGUAAUCCAAUGGGCUUAAGAUAGAAAAUGAGACCUGAUUCAGUUGCAAUAAGUGGUGCUUGAAGCCUAAAGUUUCAAAGCAUAACUCAUUCGACUCAGUCCAAAGGAUUAACACCCAUCGACACUUGUCAUUUUCUAAUCUAUGUCUAGUUUAAAUCAAGCAAUCAAAAAGAGUCUAGAAUUUUCUUUUUCAUUUUCCAGAAAUCCAAAUCAUCAUAUAUAUAUUUUCCAUCUAUUCCGUUGGAAAAAAAUUGUAUUAUUCUCUUGAAAUAUCCUGAAGUGGUAAGCACCCUUUACAAGUUUCUAGCAAUUUCCACUGAAUAGCAGAAUCGUUUAGUUAUCCUUACUCUCUAAUUAAAAACAAAAAAGCAAAUAUUAUAGGAGAGGCAAAGUAAAAUAGUUCAGAUGCACAAUGGCAGAAGAAUUGGCGCUGGAUUUGGAGGAGCUAAGGAAACUUCAUAGCAUUGCAAAAAGGCCACGCAUUCUAUCUCUUAUUUCCUCUGAGAUUCGCAGCUUGGAAAAGUUGCGGGCAUUGAAAGAAGAUGGCAAUGCGGCGGCUCCUCCUCCCACUGCUUCACAAAUUCCUACUCCGAUAUCAACCUCAGUUAAAGCUCCAAUUAACCCAGCAUUGAAUUAUGUUUCAGUCUCAUCGUUCAGCUGGGAUCAGGAUAUGGAUAAAGUCAAGAUAUAUGUCUUCCUAGAAGGAGUUGAGCAGGAAAAAAUUCAGACAGACGUCAAGCCUUUGUCAUUUGAUGUUAAAUUCCAUGAUGUCAAAGGAAAGAACUAUCGAUGUGCUGUUCCAAAAUUGAAUAAGGAAAUUGUACCAGAGAAGUGCAAAGUGGUAGUUAAGCCUACAAGAGUCAUCAUCACACUGUUUAAAGCUUCUAAAGGGGAUUGGCCCGAUCUGUACUCCAAGGAAGAUAAGCUGAAACCUAAUUUGGAUAAAGAGCAAGAUCCCAUGGCUGGAAUCAUGGACUUAAUGAAGAAUAUGUAUGAGGAAGGGGAUGAUGAAAUGAAGAGAACGAUUGCGAAAGCGUGGACUGAUGCCAGAUCAGGCAAAGCAGAAGAUGCUCUGAAGAGUUAUCGAUGAAUCCAAUAUUGAAUCUUUACGGAUAUUUUAGUGCAAUGGCCUUUUUUUUAGAGCUUGUGUUUCUCUGUUUUCAUGUUGUAGGAGGGUUCUGUCCGGACAUUUUGUUCGUGCUAUGAAGUGUCGUUGCAAAUAUGUCAUCCAAUGUUUCAUGGUCAUAGGACUUAUUGACAUUGUUAAUGGACAUGCUGAUAACACUUGCAUGUGAGUUUCCCGUAAAUAAUGAACUCACUGUCAGUAAAAUUUUAUGAGAA